AUCUGACUCACACUGAAACUGAAUCUCUCUACUCCGCCGUGAAAUUCUCCUCCUCCGCCGUCUCGAAUUCCGCUCCUCCGUCGAAAUCCCUAACAAACAAUCACGCACAUCAUCAUGCUUCUCAAAGCCGCUGUUGCUCUUCCUUCUUCCACCUUCAACGCCGACCGUUCGAUUCCGUUUCACCGCCAUAACGCGAACACCGUGGUGGUUUGCGCCGCCACCAAAGGCGCCAGCAACAACCGCGCCCUCACCGGCGUGCUGUUUGAGCCGUUUGAAGAGGUGAAGAAGGAGCUCGAUCUCGUUCCUACCCUCCCUCAAUCCUCCCUCGCUCGCCAGAAAUACCAUGACGAUUCUGAAGCUGCGGUUAACGAACAAAUCAAUGUGGAGUACAAUGUCUCAUACGUUUACCAUGCGAUGUAUGCAUACUUCGAUAGGGACAAUGUUGCGCUCAAGGGUCUUGCUAACUUUUUUCAGAAAUCAAGUGUAGAGGAAAGAGAGCAUGCUGAGAAGUUGAUGGAAUAUCAGAACAAACGUGGUGGGAAAGUGAAGUUGCAGUCUAUAGUGAUGCCGCUUUCUGAGUUUGACCAUGCAGAUAAGGGAGAUGCGCUGCAUGCAAUGGAACUCGCUCUGUCAUUGGAGAAGCUAGUGAGUGAAAAGCUCCUUAACUUGCACAAUGUUGCCUCAAAGACUGGUGACGUGCAGUUGGCAGACUUUGUGGAAAGUGAGUUUUUGGUUGAACAGGUGGAAGCCAUUAAAAAAAUCUCAGAGUAUGUUGCUCAGCUUAGGCUAGUGGGUAAAGGACAUGGUGUCUGGCACUUUGAUCAGAUGCUGCUCCAUGAAGCAGCUUGAUUACAUUUUCAACCUUUCUAGUCAUUGCAUCUUGUUCAUCUAGGUGACUGCUCUAGUGAGGAAGGAGCCUCAAGCUUGAUGAUUACAUUUUCUUUCUUUCUAGUCAUUGUAUCUUGUUAAUCUAGAUGGAGUCUUUAGCUAGAAUCUGGAACUAAGUUAUGGCAGAACUAAAUAAAUGUGGACUGGUUUUGGUCA